AAAGGCCCAUCACAGUAUCCUCCCGCCGAGUCCUCAUGGCUGCACGUUUGCUUGCCGCAAAUAAGUACUCGCCAGUCAGGGGGAGCCAGUCCAACGGAGGGGUUGGGAAGCAGCGGUCACUCACGCUGCAAUUUAGUCCAACCAUGGAUGGCAAGGACCUAGCGUUGACCUAUGACAACUUCGACUGGGAUGUUCCCAUGGAGAAGAUGAGCCUUCCGCCGGAGCGCAAAGCGCGGUCACAGACCGCGGCUGAUGCCGCGGAUGUCGCUCCGGCUGCUCUUUCUGCUCCGGCUGCUCCGGAGCCUCCGACCGCUCCAGCUGUGACCAAGCGCCCAUCCCAGCCGCGCCCAUCACAGCCAGCGCCGACCUCACCGCAGGAGCGGGGGCUGAGCCGUCAGGGCUCCACCAAGCUCCGGGAGGGCUCCCAGGUGACACUGGAGGAGUUCUAUGACCUUGGCUGGGAUGACCCCACUGAGUUUGAGGAGGAGGCAAAGAAGGCGCCAGCGGACGACAAGGCCAACGGGGCCACGAGGGUCUCGCAGGAGACAGCGCCACAGAUGCCGCAGGCUGUGCCGCAGGCUGCGCCGCAGGUUGCGCCUCAGGCUGCGCCGCAGGCCGCGCCGCAAGCUGCGCCGCAGGCAGCCCAGGCGCCGCAGACAGCCCAGGCGCUGCAGGCAGCCCAGGCGCCGCAGGCAGCCCAGGCUCAAGCACAGCCACUGCAGCAGCCCCUUUUGCAACUGCAGCAGCCCCUUUUGCAGGCCGCCUGCAGACGCCGGACGUUCUCGCAGGAGACAGGGGUGCCGCAGCCAGCAGUGCCGCAGGCGUUGCGACGCGCAACGCAGGGAGCUGCGCAGACGAUGUCGCAGGCAGCGCCGCAGACAAUGCAACAGGCACAGGCAGCGCCACAGGCAGCGCCGCAGAGAAUGUCACAGGCGCCGCAACAGGCAGUGCCGCAGGCAGCGCCACAGGCAAUGCCGCAGGCAGCGCCACAGGCAAUGCCACACGCAGCGCCACAGGCAGCGCCGCAAACAAUGCCACAGGCAGCGCCACAGGCAAUGUCACACGCAGCUCCGCAGGCAAUGCCACAGGCAGCGCCACAGGCAAUGUCACAGGCAGCGCCGCAGGCAAUGCCACAGGCAGCGCCACAGUCAAUCUCGCAGGCAGCGCCGCAGACAAUGCCACAGGCAAUGUCACAGGCAGCGCCGCAGACCAUGCCUCAGGCAGCGCCGCAGGCAAUGUCACAGGCAGCGCCGCAGACAACGCCACAGGCAGCGUCACAGCCAAUGUCACCGCAGGCUGCGCCGCAGGCAAUGCUACAGGCAGUUCCAUGGGCGAUGCCACAGGCAGCGCCACAGCCAGUGCCACACACGGUUCCACAGAUAUCGCCAAAGGCAGUGCCACAGGCAGCGCCACAGGCGGCGCCACACGCAGUGCCACAGGCGGCGCCACAGCCAGCACCCCACCCAGCACCGCAGACAAUGCCACAGGCACCUCUGCAGGCAGCGCCGCAAGUAGCACCACACACAGUGCCACAGAUAGCGCCGCAGGCAGUGCCACAGGCAGUGGAAGCGCAAACCCAAGCGCGGGUGUCUUCACAGCCGCAGUUGCCGCUGCAUCAGCUGCAGCAGGCCCCACAGCCUGAUGCGCCAGCGCAUGCAAACGGGUUGCCGGGUGCGCAGGCCCCGCUCGAGACAUUCUUGCAGCCGGCUGAGGAGGUUCGAGAGCAGCCGCAGGAGCAACACGGGAGAUCAGGCUCCUAUGUGCCAGCACCGGGCCCGACCCGUGUGCCCCAGGUUCGGCCCAGUCAGCCGCCCUCAUCCAGCAUCCUGGAGGCUCCUGCCAGCGCACCGAGGGAGCCGUUGACGGCGACUUCUCUUUCAGCUGCUGCACAACGUGAAGGGCUUGUGCCGAAGCUUAUUGCCCAGCCCAUCUACUCGCGCAUGCGAGGAGGAGCUGGCGGUGGCGCUCAUGCGCCUCCGGCGCCGUGUGUCAUGCACGGCGCGCACGGCGCUCUCUCCCCGCCAGCGCCUGCGCCUCGCUUGGGCCCGUCCUUUGUGGCCCCGGCCCCUGCCUACCCACAGCCCGGCCAAGCGAGUCAGGUUGCGCGGAUGCCCUCCGGAGUGCGGUCUGCCUCCCCAGCCCCUCAGCCGGGCUUUGUGUACCGCUGCCCCUCCACAGAUGCGCUGCCGCGGAAUCACUUCGGUGCGGGCAGGCCAGGUGCCAGGCCUAUGCCACGAUCGCCGGCGCUUAUCAGUCGCGAGCAGACAGAGGAGGAGCCUUCCGCUUUGCCAGGCGUCCACUUGUGCGGAUCUUCGUCCCCGGCAUGGGGCAUGGGGGUCCCAGAGCCCCUCUCAGAGAGCUCGCCCUCCCACGCCUUCUCGGAGGCUGACCCACUGCAGGUUGGCAAACCCAUCCGCAGCUGGACCGAGGAGCAUGUGGCUCAGUGGCUCAUGAAGCUGUCCACGGUACCGGUGGACCUCUUGGAUAUAGUGCAUCAACACGCCAUCACUGGUGCGGUGCUACUGUCCCUUACCGAGCAGGACCUGGAGACGCUGCACCUCGAGAAGUUCGGCCAUCGCCGGCUCCUGAUGCUGGCCGCCCGCGAGCUGCGGCGAGCCGCGCAGGCGGAACGUCUUCCAGGUGAGAAGUUUAUUCCCUCACCGAGCUCCUCUAUGGGGAGCGGUGCGCAUCCCGCAUUCUCGGUCUCGGUGCCACAAGGUGUCCGGGUGAGAAUGCUUCCCCCAAGCGCACCGGUGCCUGGAGCGCAAAGCGUACCCGUCGCACCGUACAUGCCGAUGCGGCACGACUUCAGGUCCUGGACGCCGCAUGCACCCGGAGGUGCCUCGCCGGGUUGCGGCGGAGGUGCUUGGCCCUCAACCCUCGUCGAGGAAGACGAUUGAUGCUAUGGACCGGUCACCCCGCCUUCCCCAUGUCCUACCACAUUUGCGAAGUUAUUGCGUGCAACGUUACACGUGGCAAGGCCCGGCUCUUGCUGAGCCGACCACCCGACCGUGAAUUGCAGACCGACUUCCGUUCCUUGGAGGCGCCCUUCUUUGGUUUCGCGCGAAAUGCGUUGGACGCAAAGACAGCCUAGAAGCGAUGUUGCGUCCAAAGAUGCACCUUUCACGGAACUUGGCCGAUCGGCUGGGAUGCUCGUGUCGGCAUGCGAUGAUUCUAUCCGGCCUAGGGAAGCGAUUGCUUCUCAGCACAGCCAGUUGGUUGGCAUCAUAUCACCCAGGCUUGGCCCGUGAAUGAGCCCAACAGAUGAAUGAACCUG